AGGUGCCUUGUUUCAUAUGCCGUACUUCAAGGGAGAUCUCGAGGUUCUCCAGAAGUUCUGCCGGGCCCAAAGGUUGACUCUGGCCAGCCCACAUAUUCACGGCACACGACUCCAAGACUUUCAAGCGCAUGGUGUCGCCUUGCUUUUGCGUGAGGAACACUUGACACCCUACGCCCCACCGGGCAGUGCUGUGAAGCUGCAGGUUCCCGAUCCAUGGGAGAACGCUCCCCGCACCCCCGACACGGAGCCCUUUGACAUGCGAGCGCUGGAUACGGCCAUCCAGGGUGGUAUCCUCAUGCACCAGCUGAAGCAGCGGAUGUGAGGAGGAGCUUGCCGAUGAUCCCUUUGAACACGCUUGCCGACCUUCCGUGUGUGCGCGGAAAAAACCAGCGGGAAUGGAUUCAUCUUGCUGAGCAGUAUGGAAAGAAGUGAGUGGAUUUGGAGUGCCAAUCAAGUGAGUGGAGCAAGUGGGUAUUGAACUGCAAUCAAAUAAAAGGCCUUGUGAGUG